AUGCAUACAAGAUUAAUUAAUGCUUUAUUAAAAAGUGGUGUUUGUGAUGUCUUAGAAAAGAAGGAAACUCCAAUUUCCUAUCAAGAAUUGUCAAAAAUUACAAAUGUUUCAGAAAUUGGUCUACAUAAAAUUCUUAGAUAUUUCUCAUACUUUAAUAUAGUUUCAGAAGAAAAAACAGAUUUUUUCUCAAAAAGCAAAUAUACUUUUCUAUUUACAAAAGAAAGCAAAUAUUAUCAAAUCAUUGAAAUGUUUUCAAGUGAUUUAUUUUAUGAUAUUUUCAGAUCAGUUCCUGAAUCAUUUUUAAAUGGUCAAACUGCAAUUCCUCAGGAAUUUGGUGUCAAAGAUACAUGGGAACUAUUCAAUGGAAACACAAAUUAUAAAAAAUUCAAAGAUUCAAUGUCCUGCAUUACAGAUGCCGCAAUAUAUGAUGUUAUAGAAAAUGUUGAUUUUUCAGAUUCUAAAUUAAUUGUUGAUUUAGGUGGAUCGCAUGGAGAUUUAUUAGAAAAAAUUAUUGAAAAAUAUGAAAAUACAGUAGGAAUUAAUUUUGACUUAGAAAAAAAUCAUAUUAUCGGUUCCAAAGAAAAACCCAAAAAUAAAAAAUGUUUCAGAAUAUUCCAUGAUUGGUCUGACGAAGAAUGUAUUAAAAUUUUAAACUGUAUUUCAAAAUCAAUGGAGCCUGGGGGUAGAAUUUACAUUUUCGACUAUUUGCUAGAUUCAAAUCAUUAUGAUUUAGAUAUAUUAUGGUUUGACCUUAAAAUGUUUCACUAUUUUAAUGGUCAAGAAAGAUCAUUGGAGCAAUAUAAAAAAAUAUUUGAUGCUUGUUCUUUCAACAUAGAAAAAGUAUACAAUUUUAUAAGUGGGGGUAUUUUAAUAACAAAAAAAAAUAAUAAAUAA